AUGGAUGAGGAGACUCUGGAUCUGUCAGACCCGUCAUGCUUCCUUGCGCCCAGUCUCUUGCAGUACCUUACCGUGGUUGACAUUCUCCAGUGGCGCCUUACAUCCGGUCGUAACAGCAAUCCCAGGGUUUUGGUAAAGCACCUGUCUGAAAUGGGCAGGUUGGACAGGCCCCACUCCAUUCUGGAUUUUGCCAAGACGCUUCAAUUCGCUUGCUUUUGGCGUAGUGGCUUCAAAUGCUUCAAUGCCUCCAGUUUCUUUAGAUACGAUGUCCAGCUGGUGAAGCUUUUUCAAAGCCGGUGGUGGUGUGUGGAGCUGGCGAGAGCAAGGCAGACAUGUUUCGCAGAAAGUGAUGUGCGCGACAUCGUCGAAACAAACCUUCGAAGCUUGCUUGGGCUGUGUGCCAGCGCAGAUGCCUCAGUGAGGGAUGCCGCACAUUGCGUUCUUCGCACUUACGGCCGCAAUGGACUACCUUUUGUGCAGCAGUUGAUUGCGGAAACCAUGCUUGGCCUCACGCAGAACUUGCUGCCAGAUUCCGCGACAAUCAGCCAAGAGGUCUCGAUCCAGGUUGUGGCGUGCACACGGCAUCUUGACAACGUGGUGCAAGCUCUGGCGGAAACACAACGUCGACAGUGGGUGUCCCUGCUGUUCAGAGUCCUACAUGGACAGGGUCAGAAGGUACGGCAAGUUACCAGACACCCAAAGGAAGUGGUGGUUGAGGAAUUGGUUAAGAGACUCAAGCUUCUUUGGAGAGCUGAUGACGAUCCCAACCGAAGCUAUGCAGAAACAGAGCAGCUGAGGGCCCUCCAAGAUGGGUGCGGCGAGCAGUCUCCCUAG